AUGGCUGAUUUAAACACAGUUACAGAAGAAAUUCCUGUCGAGACUCAUAGCUCAGAAAAACGCAGUUCGAAACCACGUGUUUCUGUAGCACGCAAUGCUAAUGUAAGCAGUACUACUGGCGCUGGCAGCAAUAGUGUUGGUGGCAGUGUUGGUGGUGGUGGAGCUGCUGCAAACCAACGGGCUCGUCGCCAAUCAUCGCGCACUUCGAUUCCUAGAGCCGGAUUCGAUCGUCGACUUAUUCGGUAUGAAAAUACAUAUUGCAUGGACCCUGAUGAUGAUCAUAAAGUUGAUAUAGCUCGAUUACGCCGUGUUGCUUCAAGUGUUAUUGAAACAGCUAUUGCUGGUUAUAAAUAUGAUUCGAAUCAAGGAAAACAAUUUUCAGUAGCAUUAGCUGAUCGUGUUCGUAGUCAAAUAAAACAAUUACCGUUUCAACGUUACAAACUUGUCGUACAAGUAUCUAUUGGAGAAAAGAAAGGACAAGAUCUACGAGUAGCUAGUCGGUGUAUGUGGGAUUUGAAAUGGGAUCGACAUUUAACAAUUACAAAAGAAACUUCAGAUGCUUAUGUAACUGUAACAAUUUUUCUAGUUUAUACCGAAUAA